AUGAUGUACAAUCCAAAAAUUUUCGCUCAGGUAGAACAUAGUCCGUUAAACGAGGGAGACGAUUAUGAUGUGAUUGUUAUCAAAGGCAUCGAUCCGGCUACGGAAACUGGCAGAAUUUUCGUCGAUCUGGAGCGCCUCGGAUACAGGGUACACAGCAUCAGGAACGGAAUGAUCACUGCAACACAACGCGCAGCACCGGUGUUUUAUGUCGAAUUGUUCAAAUCACCGUACAAUGAUACAAUUUUAGGAAUGAAACGCGUUGCUAACCAGAACGUCUACAUACAGAGAUACCAAAAUCCACAACAGGCGAGACCAACUAUUCCCCAAGGUCAUGAUCACCCAUCUGUCAGCCGGCCUCAAAACCAAGAAGAGGUUCCUAGUUUACCAAUGUGCGCUUGGUGCAGGGGCACACAUCAGACGAGUGUAUGUACCAUCGGCGAAGAUUACCCUCCAGAUGGUUGUGAGUGUGGAGGAUGGCAUCCUUCCUACCAUAAAUGCUGUAAUGAUUACCGAAAGCGUGUCAUCGAUUUUAUGGAUAAAAUUAGGAAAUCUUCCAAUGUUACUGAAAUAAAUAUGCCAACAAAGGACCUUAUAGAAAAAGUUCAUGAGGAGAAAAAAAAAGAGGACCAACCUCUGGAUUCAGAGAUGGAAAAGAAAUUAUUGAGGAAAAGAUUAUUGAGUAUUGAUUUCGAAGGCGACACAUCACAUGAGAAAGACACGGAAGAAAGCGACAGCGACUUCGAAUAUGACGAAUAUGACUACCGUACUUUUUGUCACCGAAACAUUAAGAAAGAGAUGAGAGAUGAUCUAGACGAAAAUUUCGAUUCGGAACCAGAGCCCUUCGUUGAUGACGUCGACAACACCGGUUUGGAAAGUGAAUUAGAUGGCACUCCAUUACACUUUGCAGUAAGAAAUGAAAACAUCGACGAGAUUACAGCACUUCUUGAUAGUGGUAUUGACGUAGAUGUUAAAGAAAAAGGAGGUUUUACACCUUUGCACAUCGCUGCAGAGGUAGGAAACGAAUCUGUUGUAUAUUUACUACUGUCCAAAAAUGCAAGUGUUGAAAUCCGAGACGAUACCAAUAACGCUCCAAUACAUGUUGCAGCACUCAAUGGAAAUCUUAAGGUUCUUAAUAUUUUUCUCAAUUACACUUCUGAUGUUAAUAUUAAAGGAUCUGAUGGUUUUACACCGUUACAUUACGCUGCUUGGAAUGGAUACGAAUCAAUUGUGAAUUUAUUGUUGUCCAAAAAUGCUAGUGUUAACAUAAAAGACGAUUUCAAAGAUACUCCGAUUCAUAUGGCAGCGAAAAGUGGCAAUAUCAUUGUGUUUAAAAGACUACUCGAUUACGCAUCUGAUCUUAACAUGAAAGGAUCUGGGGGUUUGACAUUUUUACAUAUCGCUGCUGAGGAAGGCUUCGAAUCUAUCGUAAAUUUGCUGUUGUCAAAAAAUGUAAGUGUCAACAUCAGAGACGAAACCAAUGACACUCCAAUACAUAAAGCAGCGUUCACAGGCAAUUUAAAUGUGUUUAAAAAUCUUCUAGAUCACACCUCUGAUGUUAAUGUUAAAGGAUCUUAUGGUCUUACACCUUUACACAUCGCUGCAGAAAAGGAAUACGAAUCAAUCGUGGAUUUAUUGCUAUCUAAAAAUGCAAGUGUUAACAUAAGAGACGAUAUCGAUGAUACUCCAUUACAUAAAGCAGCAUCCAGUGGGAACCUCAAACUGUUUAAAGUUAUUUACGAUCUUGUUACAGAUGUCAAUAUUCAAGGAAAAGGAGGUUUAACACCAUUACAUAUCGCCGCUGAAAAGGGCAAAGAGACAAUCGUGAGUUUUCUGUUGUCAAAAAAUGCAAGUGUAGAAAUAAGAGAUUAUGAUGGUGAUACACCAAUACAUAAAGCAGCAUUAAGUGGAAAUUUUAAUGUAUUUAAAAAUCUUCUUGGUCACACCUCGGAUGUUAAUGCUAUAGGAUAUAAUGGUCUGACACCACUACAUAUCGCUGCAGAAAUGGGCUACGAAUCUAUCGUGAAUUUGUUAUUGUUAAAAAAUGCAAGGGUUGACAUAAAAGACGAUUUCAAAGACACUCCAAUUCAUAUGGCAGCGAAAAGUGGCAAUAUCAUUGUGUUUAAAAGACUUCUCGAUUACGCAUCUGAUUUUAACAUGAAAGGAUCUGGUGGUUUGACAUUUUUACAUAUCGCUGCUGAGGAAGGCUACGAAUCUAUCGUAAAUUUGCUGUUGUCAAAAAAUGUCAGUGUCAACAUCAGAGACGACACCAAUGACACUCCAAUACAUAAAGCAGGGUUCAAAGGUAAUUUAAAUGUGUUUAAAAGUGUUCUCGAUCGCACCACUGAUGUUAAUAUUAAAGGGUCCUACGGUUUUACACCUUUACAUAUCGCUGCAGAAAAUGGCUUCGAAUCAAUCGUGAAUUUAUUGCUAUCUAAAAACGCAAGUGUUAACAUAAGAGACGAUAUCGAUGAUACUCCAUUACAUAAAGCAGCAUCCAGUGGGAACCUCGACCUGUUUAAAGUUAUUUUCGACCUUGUUACAGAUGUCAAUAUUCAAGGAAAAGGAGGUUUAACACCAUUACAUAUCGCCGCUGAAAAGGGUAUAGAGUCUAUCGUGAGUUUGCUAUUGUCGAAAAAUGCAAGUGUAGAAAUAAGAGAUAAUGAUGGCGACAAGCCGAUACAUAGAGCAGCAUUUAGUGGGAAUUUUAAUGCAUUUAAAAAUCUUCUUGAUUACACCUCAGAUAUUAAUGCCAUAGGAUAUAAUGGUAUGACACCACUACAUAUCGCUGCUGAAAUGGGCUACGAAUCUAUCGUGAAUUUGUUAUUGUCCAAGAACGCAAGUGUUGAGAUAAAAGAUGAUACAAAUGACAUUCCAAUUCAUAAGGCAGCGUUAAGUGGAAAUAUCAAUGUGUUUAAUGAUAUUCUCGACCGUGUGAAAGACGUUAAUAUUAAAGGAUCCGUUGGUCGCACACCUUUGUUUUUGGCUGCCUCUUCCGGCUUUGGAUCAAUCGUAACUUUGCUGUUGUCUAAAAAUGCUAGCGUAAAUAUAAAAAACGAUGAAGAUGACACUCCAUUACAUUAUACAUUACGAAAUGGGUUUUUAAAUAUUGUUAAAAAACUUCUCAGCCACACUAAAAAUGUUAAUCUUAAGGAUUAUAAAGGCAUGACACCUCUGCAUAUCGCUGCUGAGUCAGGCUACGAAUAUAUUUUGAAUUUGCUGUUAUCUAAAAAUGCCAGGGUAGACAUGAGAGAUAACACCAAUGAUACUCCAAUUCAUUAUGCGCUACAAAAUGGGAAGCUAAAUAUCGUUAAGAUACUCCUCAAUCAUGGCGCUGAUAUCAAUAUGAAAGGACGAAAAGGCCUGACACCGCUACACAUUGCUGUUGAUAAGGGCUACGAGACUAUCGUAAAUUUACUACUUUCCAACAAUGCUAAAGUGGAUAUAAAGAAUGAUAUUGGUAUAACACCCUUGCAUUUGGCAGUGAUUCAAAAGAAUAUCAACAUUAUCAAAAUUCUCCUUGACAACGGGGCAAAAGUGAAUAUCCAGGGAAAUACAGGAAUGACACCUUUAAUGUUCGCUGCUUCGAACGGCGAUGAUGCUAUUGUGAAUUUACUUAUUUCAAAAAAUGCGUCAUUAGAACUUCGAGACCAUGUCGGUAAUGCUGCAAUAAACUUUGCGGCUCUUAGUGGAAACGUUAAAGUGAUUAACAUGUUACUUCGUCAUGGCGCUGACGUUAAUAAUAAAGGAGAACAUGGCAAAACCCCUCUCAAUUUUGUAAUUCGAAAAGGUGAUGAAAAUUUGAAUAAAUUCCUUGAAAGAGAUAUAGUAUCUACUCAAGAACUGAUGGAAUAUUACAAUAUUAGUACCACUGCUGAUGCAGAAUCUGAAAUGGUGGCUGCAAUGAAUACGCUAUUAGAACACGGGGCCAAUCUAAACUCGCGAAAUCUCCUCGAUCAAACAGUGCUGCAUGAAGCUGCUGCUAUAGGUUAUGCUCGUGUCGUUGAAUACCUGCUAUCUCAAAACGCCAGUUUCAGUAUCGAAGGUUAUCUUUGCCUAACUCCUCUCCAAUGGGCAGCUAACAAUGGAAAUGUAGAUGUGAUAAAGAUCUUGUUAGCAUACGGAGAUGACGUCAAUAGAAAAGGAUGCAAUAAUAUCACAGCAUUGCAGUUAGCAGUAAGAAAAAACGACAUUAGUUUUAUUAAAUUUCUUUUGUCUGAAAAUGCUGAUCCAAACAUAAUGAGUCAAGACGGGCGAACGCCUUUAGAUUUAGCUUUUAAUCCUUUGUCUCAAGAAGUCAUGAAAUUACUUCUUGUUCAUGGAGCGAAAGUGGAAGAUAAUAGUUUCUUAGGAUCGAAAAUUCUUUUCGAUGCUGUUUCAAAUAAAUCAGUAGAAGUAGUAAACCUUCUAUUGGACAAUGUUGACAGUUUAGGAUCCUACCCGACAGUAAUUCUUAACCAUGCAAUCGCCACGCGUUUUUCAGAGGCAAUAUAUUUGUUUAUCUCUCACGGAGCAAACAUCGAGCAGAAAGACAUCCAUGGCAAUCGUCCUCUUAGUGCAGCAGUUAUGUCGAAUAGUACUGAGAUCGUUAAAUUACUUUUAGAAACAGGUUCGAAUAAAAUCGCUAAGAAAAAUUUUCAAAGAUUUCUAGAUGUAGACGGCGACGUAAAACUCCUUACUGCCAAGAAAAACGUGAUAGAGCUCCGUAAUGUGGCAGCAUUACACAUCGCAGCCUUCUACGGUCUCACGGAAAUAGUCGGAUUGUUGAUAACAUACGGUGUUUCAUUAGACGUUAGAGAUAAACGGGGAUAUUCCCCAAUGCAUUAUGCCUGUAAGAAUGGUCAUUACGAAGUUGUGAAACAGCUUAUAGAUUCUGGAUCCAAUAAAAAUUCUGUCGAUACAAAUGGAACAACACCCCUACACAUAGCCUGCAGGCGAGGUAUGUUUGAAAUUGUCAAAUUACUGCUUUCCCAGCCCGUUAUUCCUAUCAAUCAAGCUGAUAAUAGUGGAUACACAGCACUUCAUUUUGCAGCUAUGAACGGAUCACUAGAAAUAGGCAAGUUCUUAUUGAAUCUUAAUGCUAGUAAAGAAGCGAAAACUUACGAUCUGAAAACCCCUUUACAUAUAGCUUCACUCAAUGGGCACGACGAAAUAGCGAAUAUCUUAUUGAAAGAAGGAGCUGAACGGGAUGCAGCUGAUAUUGAUGGUAUGACACCAUUACAUUUUGCAACAGCAGAAAAACAUCCGGACAUGGUUAUUUUGCUGAAUACGUAUGGAGCAUUCGUGAAUAGUAAAAACAAAAAUGGGAGUACACCACUUCACCUAGCGUGCGAACGCAGCAUGCAAUUGGCAGAAUCUAUACAGUGGUGGAUUGUUAUAAAUCUUCUAGAUUUUGGCGCAAACAUCGAAGCAACGGACCAUAACCUAAUGACCCCAUUACAUAUUGCUUCUAAAGAUAAUUCAUCAGAGCUUAUAUUUGAACUGCUAUCACGUGGGGCAGAUCCGUCGAGUAGGGAUGUAUUGCUUAACCAACCUAUCCAUUACGCUGCAUUAAAUGGUAAUUAUGACAUAAUACUAAAGUUACUUUUGAAGCGAAUAGUCGAUACGAAAGUUGACAUGAGUCAAAGUAUAUCUGUGAAUAUCAAUCACGAAACCCCUUUGUCCUUAGCUUCGAGAGAAGGGCACACUAAAGUAGUGGCGUUGCUCUUACAAGUUGGAGUCGAGAGUGUUCAGCCUGACAUCUAUGGAAGGACUGCUUUACACCUCAGCGCCCACAGAGGUCAUAUAGAAAUAGUGAAGCUACUUCGACAAGCCCUUUUAAACGAAGACAAAGAAGAUAAGUGGGGAUUUACAGCAUUAAACUACGCAGCAUCCUGGAAAGGCCAUCAAGAAGUCAUAGGAUACCUUUCGACUUCUCAACUAAAUAUCACAAUGUCAUAUUAUUUAAGGAAAUCCAACCCAUUUCUACAUGAUUUGAAUAACCAGACAUUAAGUAAACCAGACAUAGAAGUAAAAAAGUUACCUGGUGUAAAAUUAGGAAUACCUCAUUCUUUUGAAGUUAACACAGGAAAGAUGAAGAGCAAUUUAAAGGAAGAAUUGGAUUCUGAACCACCCACUUUGGACUAUGACGUCAUCGAUUACAGUCCGGAUAUAGAAUUAACAGACACUCCACUGCACUUUGAAGUAAGAAAUGGGAACCUCGAGGAGAUUACCGCACUUCUUGAUAGUGGCAUUGAUGUUAACGUGAGAGGAAAAGGGGGUUUUGCACCUUUGCACAUCGCUGCUGAAGAAGGCUACGAAUCUCUCGUAAAUUUGUUGUUGUCAAAAAAUGCGAGUGUCGAAAUAAAAAACGAUGGCGAUGACACGCCAGUACAUGUGGCAGCAUACGGUGGAAACCUCAAUGUGCUUAUUAUACUUCUUGAUUACAUCUGGGAUAUUAAUAUUAAAGGAUCUUAUGGUCUUACACUACUACACAUGGCUGCUGAAAAGGGAUAUGAAAAUAUUGUAAGUUUGCUGUUGUCCAAAAAUGCUAGUGUUAGCAUUAGAGACGACACCAACGACACUCCAAUACAUAAGGCAGCAUUCGGUGGGUAUUUAAAGGUACUUAAUACACUUCUCGAUUACACCUCUGAUGUAAAUAUUAAAGGAGCUUAUGGUCUUACACCUUUACACAUCGCUGCUAAAGAAGGCUACGAAUCUCUCGUAAAUUUGUUGUUGUCAAAAAAUGCCAGUGUCGAAAUCAGAAAUAAUAACAAUGAAACGCCAAUACACGUGGCAGUAUACAGUGAGAAUCUCAAUGUACUAAAUACUCUUCUGAAAUACGCUUCUGAUGUCGAUAUUAAAGGACCUUAUGGUUUAACACCUUUACAUAUCGCUGCUUCAAAGGGCUACGAAUCUACCGUUAAUUUGCUAAUAUCCAAAAAUGCUAGUGUGAACAUUAAAGACGACAAGAAUGACACUCCAAUACAUAAGGCAGCAAUGACUGGGAAUUUCAAUAUAUUUAAAACUCUUCUUGAUCACGCCUCUGAUGUUAAUAUUAAAGGAUCUGAUGGUCUUACACCUUUGCAUAUCGCUGUAGGAGAAGGCUAUGAAUCUCUUGUGACUUUGCUAUUGUCAAAGGAAGCAAGUGUCGAAACCAGAAAUGAUGUCAAUGACACGCCAAUACAUGUGGCAGCAUUGACUGGGAAUUUUAAUGUUCUUAAAGCACUUCUCAAUUACUCCUUAAAUAUCAAUAUUAAAGGAUUGAAUGAACUCACACCUUUACAUAUCGCUGCUGAAAAUGGAUACUACUCUAUCGUGAAACUUCUGUUGUCCAAAAAUGCAAGUGUGAACAUAAGAGAUGAUACCAAUGACACUCCAAUCCAUAAGGCAGCAUUAAGUGGGAAUCUCGAGAUGUUCAAUAUUCUUCUCGACCUAGCCAAAGAUGUUAAUAUCAAAGGAUCUAAUGGACUGACAUUUUUACAUAUCGCUGCAGAGAAAGGGUACGAAUCUAUUGUGAACUUACUGCUGUCCAAAAAUGCUAGUGUUAACAUCAAGGACGACUCCAAUGACACUCCAUUACAUAAGGCAGCACUCAGUGGGAAUUUCAAUGUGUUCAAAACCCUUCUUGAAUUCACCUCGGAUGUUAAUAUUAAAGGAUCUGAUGGUCGUACACCUUUACAUAUAGCUGCUAGAGAGGGCUACCAAUCUAUCGUAAAUUUGCUGCUUUCUAAAAAUGCAAACGUCGAAAUCAGAGAUGAUGCCAAUGACACACCUAUACAUGCAGCAACCUUGAGUGGGAAUUUCAUUGUGUUUAAAAGUAUUCUAGAUCACACAUUGGAUGUUAAUGUUAAAGGAUCUGAUGGUCUUACAUCUUUACAUAUCGCUGCUAAAAAUGGAAGCGAAUCUAUCGUCAAUUUAUUGAUGUCCAAAAAUGCAAGUGUUGGCAUUAGUGACGAUAACGAUGACACUCCAAUACAUAUGGCAGCAUCCAGUGGAAAUCUUAAUGUUUUUAAUAAUCUUCUAUACCUUGCUGUAGAUGUUAAUAUUAUAGGGUCUGAUGGUCUUACACCUUUACAUAUAGCAGCUGAGAAGGGUCACGAAUUUAUUGUGAAUUUGCUGUUGUCCAAGAACGCAAGUGUUGAGAUAAAAGAUGAUACAAAUGACAUUCCAAUUCAUAAAGCAACGUUAAGUGGAAAUUUCAAUGUGUUCAAAACUGUUCUUGAUUACACCUCGGAUGUUAAUAUUAAAGGAUCUGGCGGUCUAACACCUUUACAUAUUGCUGCUUAUAUGGGUUAUGAAUCUAUUGUUAAUUUAUUAUUGUCUCAAAAUGCAAGUUUAAAUAUAAGAGACGAUACAAAUGAUACUGUAAUACAUAAGGCAGCGUUCAGCUGGAAUAUCAACGUAUUUAAAAGUCUUCUUGAUUACACUUCUGACGUUAAUAUUAAAGGUUCUGACGGCCUUACACCUUUACAUAUCGCUGCUGAAAUGGGCUUGGAAUCUAUUGUGGAUCAAUUGCUAUUAAAAAAUGCAAGUAUAAACAUAAGAGAUCGUAUUGGUGCCAUUCCGAUCCAUAAGGCAGCAUCCAACGGAAAUCUUUAUGUGUUUAAUAAACUUCUCAACUUUGCUAUGGAUGUUAAUAUUAAAGGACCUGAUGGUCUUUCACCUCUACAUAUUGCGACUGAGAAGGGCUACAAAUCUAUCGUGAAUUUGCUUUUGUCAAAAAAUGCAAGUGUUGACGUAAGAGACGAUACCAAUGACACUCCAAUUCAUAAGGCAGUAUUAAAUCGAAAUUUCAAUAUAAUUAAUAGUCUCAUCGACCUUGCUAAGGAUGUUAAUAUUAAAGGAUACAAAGGUCUCACAUUUUUACACAUCGCAGCAGAAAUGGGUGACGAACUUGUCGUGAAUUUUUUGUUGACCAAAAAUGCAAACGUUGACAUAAGAGACGAUACCAAUGACACUCCAUUACAUAAGGCAGCAUUCAGUGGAAUUUUUGAUGUGUUCAAUAUUUUUCUAGACCUUGCUACGGAUGUUAAUAUUAUAGGAUAUAAUGGUCUUACACCUUUACAUAUAUCAUGUGAGAAGGGUAACGAAUUUAUUGUGAAUUUGCUGUUGUCCAAGAACGCAAGUGUUGAGAUAAAAGAUGAUACAAAUGACAUUCCAAUUCAUAAAGCAACGUUAAGUAGAAAUUUCAAUGUAUUUAAAUCUGUUUUUGACCUUACAAAAGAUAUUUAUUCUAAAGGAAAAGAAGGUUUGACACCUUUACAUAUCGCUGCUGAGAAGGGAAUCGAAAAUAUCGUAAAUUUGCUGCUGUCCAAAAAUGCGAGUGUAAACAUAAAAGACGAUACUAAUGACACUCCAUUACAUAAGGCAGCAUUAAGUGGGAAUGUUGUCGUAUUUAAACUUAUUUUCAACCUUACUACAGAUAUUGAUGUUAAAGGAAAAGGAGGUUUUACACCUUUACAUAUCGCUGCAGAGAAGGGUAAAGAAACUAUCGUAAAUUUGCUGCUGUCCAGAAAUGCGAGUGUAAACAUAAAAGACGAUACUAAUGACACUCCAUUACAUAAGGCAGCAUUCAGUGGGAAUUUCAAUGUGUUCAAAACUGUUCUUGAUUUCACCUCGGAUGUUAAUAUUAAAGGAUCUGGCGGUCUAACACCUUUACAUAUUGCUGCUUAUAUGGGUUAUGAAUCUAUUGUGAAUUUAUUAUUGUCUCAAAAUGCAAGUGUAAAUAUAAGAGACGAUACAAAUGAUACUGCAAUACAUAAAGCAGCAUCCAGUGGAGAUCCCAAUGUUUUUAAUAAUGUUGUCGACCUUGUUAAAGAUAUUAAUAUUAAAGGAUCCGAUGGUCUAACACCAUUACAUAUAGCUGCUCAGAAGGGCUACGAAUCUAUCGUGAAUUUGUUGUUAUCCAUCAGUAAUGUAAGUUUGACCAUCAGAGAUAAUGAUGACAAUACUCCAUUACAUGAGGCAGCACUCGGUGGAAAUAUUAAGGUGUUUAAAAUUCUUCUCGCCCACGCCCCCGAUGUUAACAUUAAAGGAUUCGUUGGUCGUACGCCCUUAUAUUUGGCUGCCUCUUCUGGGCACAAAAAAAUUGUUGAUCUUCUCUUGUCCAAAAAUGCAAGUGUAAAUAUAAGAGACGAUAUCAAAGACAUUCCAAUACAUUAUGCACUGCAAAUGGGGUUUCUCAAUAUUGUUAAAAAACUGAUCGAUCACACAGACAAUGUUAAUGUUAAAGGAUAUAAUGGUAUUACACCUCUGCAUAUCGCUGCUAUGUCAGGCUAUGAAUCUAUCUUGUAUUUAUUGUUAUCCAAAAAUGCUAGUGUAGACGGUAGAGAUGACAGCAAUGAUACUCCAAUUCAUUAUGCGCUACAAAAUGGGAAGCUAAAUAUCGUUAAGAUACUCCUCAAUCAUGGCGCUGAUAUCAAUAUAAAAGGACGAAAAGGUAUGACACCGCUACACAUUGCUGUUGAUAAGGGCUACGAGACUAUCGUAAAUUUACUACUUUCCAACAAUGCUAAAGUGGAUAUAAAGAAUGAUAUGGGUAUAACACCCUUGCAUUUGGCAACGAUUCAAAAGAACAUCAACAUUAUCAAAAUUCUCCUUGACAACGGGGCAAAAGUGAAUAUCCAAGGAAAUACAGGAAUGACACCUUUAAUGGUCGCUGCUUCUAACGGAGAUAUAGCUAUUGUCAACUUACUUAUUUUGAAAAAUGCUUCGUUAGAUAUAAGAGAUAAUGUCGGUAAUGCUGCAUUAAACUACGCGGCUCUAAGUGGAAACAAUAAAGUGAUUAGGAUGCUUCUUGAUCAUGGUGCUGACGUAAAUAAUAAUGGAGAAAAUGGCAAAACACCUCUCCAUUUUGUGCUUCGAAAGGAUGAUCAAAAUUGCUCGAAACAAAUUUAG